UGGAUGACGUUUGCGGAUUAUGCGCCGAUCGUUCCCCUCGCCUCAUAAUUCGGUGGGCUUCGCACUCGUGGCCGUGCAAGAAGACGCAGUGUCGUUAUGGCACCGAGUACUUCCUUUUGCUUCUGCAUUUUAGCAUUGUUGACUCUGUUCAAUCGUGGUCGGUGUGAUUGCUGUGAAUAUUUCUACCAUUUUUCAUGGACCUUCGGACCUACCAUACACAUCUCACUUGAGGGUUCAGCAUACCUG